UUGCAGAACUGUCCCAACAAUAUUAGGAAGCGUGUGCCUCAGACUCAAUUUGCUGAGAUGUUUCUGCACAGUAUUCCAGUGCUCCAAUGGGCAAAGCAUUUUAGUCCAGUAGAGUACCAGCGGUUGAGUCACUACGGUGGAGCACACGGCUGGGGAAGUGUCAGUGCUGAAGUAUUGAAUAGCUCACUGGCAAUUUUAAAUACACCUGCAAAUCGGUUGAUGUUUGAUGACUGGGAGAAUGGAGCACACAGAUCCGAGUGCAUUCGCUGUGCUGUGGUGGGAAACGGUGGAAUACUGAAUGGUUCAAGGAAAGGCAAGGAGAUCGAUGAACAUGACUAUGUCUUCAGGGUAAAUGGUGCGGCUCUUACAGGGUUUGAGAAUGAUGUGGGAUCGCGGACUUCAUUCUACACAUUCUCAACCAACACCAUGCGAAACUCCAUGCGUAGCUAUGCUCGCGUAGGCUACAGAGGUCCACCUAUAUCCAAGGAAACCAGGUACAUAUUCCUGCCAGACCAUGACAGAGAUUAUAUUCUUAUGAAGGCGGCUUCCACACACACAGCAAUUGAUCAAGGCCCUGAGCGCAGCAAAAAUCCCCCUACAUACUUUGGUGAAGAUGUGACAGUAGAAAAAUUCAAAAUCUACCACCCAGACUUUAUCCGCUACCUCAGAAACAGGUUCCUGCAUUCAAACCUUCUGAAAACAGGUGCGAGAAGAAUUUACAGGCCGUCGACAGGAGCCGUGAUGCUCCUAGCUGCUAUUCAUACAUGUGACCAGGUUGAUGCUUACGGGUUCAUGACCCCUGACUACACUUUGUAUUCAGACCACUACUACGACAAACAGCGCCGUGCAGUGCGUUUCUUUGCCAAUCAUGACAUGCGAAUGGAAAUGAGGUUGUGGCAAGAGCUGCAUAAUGCCGGACUGAUCAAUCUCUUCAUGCGCCAAUAAGCACAAAUUGAUGGACUCUACAUAUUGUAUAGGGUGUCUUUUAUUUUCAGAACUGAAAAACCUCUGGUAGAUGUGUGCAGGACAAACCUGAUAUUCUCCCCUCGGUAUUGGACACAUUUGCCUUCUGGAGGAAAAGUUAAUAAAUGUUGCUCAACAAAAAACUACGUACAGAAGCUAUGUAGUCAAUACUUUUGGAUUGAUUGUCUUUUGAGUCAGUUCAUAUGAGAGAAAUGGCUGACUUAUGUGUUUUAGGGAGAGGCCUUGUAAACAUAGAUAGUGUUCAGGAAUAACUCUUGUGUUCUUGGCUGCUAUUUGUUCACACAUUGAAUCAUUUCACGUCAAGGCCGGGCAGGAUGAAUUACAUGCUUUGGGCGUACAAAUAUUCUGUAAUACGUGCCUUAGGACUUCUCAAACGAUGGACUGUCAUGACGUGUGAGAAACGGUGAGGGUUUAAAAGAUUUAGAGAAUCACACUUAAGUGAAAAAAUAAUCAACCAAAGAGAAUAAUUUAAAUGACUUUAUUUUAAAUUCUUAAUCCUCUAUUUUUAACACAGUGUGUGAGUAUAAAUGUUUCUAGAUGGUCUGUUCAAAAUGUACCCGUUGCCAUGUUGCAUCAUGUGGAAAUCAAGAAGGGUUUUCUGUUUUUAAGAGACUUUUUAUGCCUUAGGCUGUUACGGCUUAACUUUACUUGGAAGCUUUAAAGUGCAAUAGCUUAUUGUUCACAAGCUGUUUGAAUCAAAAUGUGAAUUUCUUUUGUGAUUUAUUUGAUCCUGCUAUGGUCUGUUUGGUCACUU